UAUGAUGAUUACUUCUCCGAGAAUCCUCUCUAUCCUACAUCUAUUUUUCGUAGAAGAUAUCGUAUGUCGAGACCACUUUUUCUACACAUUGUUGAGGAGCUAGGUAAGUGGUCUGACUAUUUCACUACAAGGAUAGAUUGUACUAGUCGUCAAGGCCUCACACCAUUACAAAAAUGUACAGCAGCAAUACGCCAAUUGGCUAAUGGCAGUGCAGCUGAUCACCUAGAUGAAUAUUUGAAGAUUGGUGACACAACUGCAUUAGAAGCUUUGAAAAAAUUUGUAGAAGGUAUUAUUGCUGUUUUUAGUGAAAGCUAUUUGCGACGGCCUACAGUGGAAGACAUUGAACGUUUGCUAAAAGUUGGAGAGAGUAGAGGAUUUCCUGGCAUGUUGGGGAGUAUUGACUGUAUGCACUGGCAAUGGGAAAGAUGUCCUGUUGGAUGGAAGGGUCAAUUCACUCGAGGUGAUCAAAAAGUACCAACUCUGAUUCUUGAAGCUGUGGCCUCACAUGAUCUUUGGAUUUGGCAUGCAUUCUUCGGUGUUGCUGGUUCUAAUAAUGAUAUCAAUGUCCUGCAACAAUCAUCAUUGUUCAUCCGAGAACUCAAAGGGCAAGCUCCUCUGGUGCAAUAUACGGUUAAUGGGAAUCAAUACAACCAAGGUUACUAUCUAGCUGAUGGAAUAUAUCCGGAAUGGGCUAUUUUUGUUAAGUCAAUAUCCAUGCCUAUCAAUGACAAAGAUCAGGAGUUUGCUAAUCAUCAAGAAGGCGAAAGAAAGGAUAUUGAACGAGCAUUUGGUGUCCUACGACGUCGAUGGUGUAUUUUGAAGCGACCAGCUCGUCUACAUGAUAAAAAACAGCUCGAGAACAUUAUAGUAGCUUGCAUCAUACUUCACAACAUGAUAGUCGAAGAUGAGAAGAAAGAGGAUAUUGAAGAGAAUCUGGAUUUGAAUGAGGCUGCAAGUUCUGCCAUCGUCGAACAACCUGAAUUCUCCUUUGGUGAAUCAAUUCCAUUUGAAAGAGUGCUAGAGAAUCAAUCAGAUCUUCAAGAUCGUACAACUCAUCUAAAAUUGAAGAAAGACUUGGUUGAGCAUAUUUGGCAAAAAUACGGGCGUCGUUAA